AUGGGUCGUCGUCCAGCUCGUUGCUACCGUUACUGCAAGAACAAGCCUUAUCCCAAGAGCAGAUACUGCCGUGGUGUCCCUGAUGCCAAGAUUAGAAUCUAUGACUUGGGUCGCAAGAAGGCUCACGUUGAUGAUUUCCCUCUCUGCGUUCACUUGAUCUCCAACGAAUACGAACAACUUUCUUCUGAAGCUUUGGAAGCUGGUCGUAUCUGUGCCAACAAGUACAUUGUCAAGAACUCUGGCAAGGAUUCUUUCCACAUGCGUGUUCGCGUACAUCCUUUCCACGUUGUCCGUAUCAACAAGAUGUUGUCGUGUGCUGGUGCCGAUAGAUUGCAACAAGGUAUGCGUGGUGCUUUCGGUAAGCCCCAAGGUCUCGUUGCCCGUGUCAACAUUGGCCAGGUCAUCUUCUCUAUCCGUACCAAGGACUCCAACAAGGCUACUGUCAUUGAAGCUCUUCGUCGCUGCAAGUACAAGUUCCCUGGUCAACAAAAGAUCAUCAUCUCCAACAAGUGGGGUUUCACUCCUCUUAAGCGUGAGGAAUACAUCCAAGCCCGCAGCGAGGGUAAGCUCCAACCCGAUGGUUGCUACGUCAAGUUCGUUCCUCAAAAGGGUGAUCUUAACAACUACUUCCGUGCUGCCAGCCGUGUUUAA